GGGGCACAUGGCCUGCACCACGCGGAUCUUGAAUGCAAGCGUCCUCGUCGGGAGCGCCGCUCGGACCUUUUGGGGGAGGAGCUAUAGGGAAUGCGAUGGAAGUUCGCGCGAGGGCAGUUGGGCAGAGGUAGACGGUGAGGGGUGCAAAUAGCUGCUGCAGAAGGCCGAGGCGAUAUGCAAACGACAUCAUCGAUAUGGAUGCUACAAAUUUCGAUCAGGCGAGGUCGAGAAGAGCAACAAACGAUUAGGCACUUGCAUGUGUAAGCCUAGCAUACAUCCACCACCACUUAGACUUUGAAGUCGGACAAGCCAAAAAGCACCUUCGACUCUCUUACACUCAGCCACACUCUCUCACAUCACACACCGCUCAGACCACAGUCAUCAUCAUGUCCGGAGCACUCUCAGUCGUUCCCGCAGGCGUCGUCGACGGCAAGGACGUCUACAAGCUCUUCGACUACUGCCGGGAGCACAAGUUCGCCAUCCCUGCCUUCAACAUUACUUCCAGCUCCACUGCCAACGCAGCUUUGGAGGCCGCUCGCGAUGCCAAGAGCCCACUGAUCCUACAAGUCAGCCAAGGUGGUGCUGCUUACUUUGCCGGCAAAGGUUUGCCCAACGACAAGCAGCAGGCUUCCAUCGCUGGUGCCGUCGCUGCUGCCAACCACGUUCGAAGUGUCGCCCACCUGUACGGCGUCCCAGUGGUGCUCCACUCUGACCAUUGCGCCAAGAAGCUCUUGCCGUGGUUCGAUGGCAUGCUCGACGCUGACGAGGCAUACUUCAAGAAGGAGGGCAAGCCUCUUUUCUCUUCUCACAUGCUUGACUUGUCCGAGGAGCCCAAGGAGGAGAACAUUGCAACCUGCAAGAAGUACCUUGCACGCAUGGCCAAGAUCGGUGUUUGGCUCGAGAUGGAGAUCGGCAUUACUGGUGGAGAGGAGGAUGGUGUGAACAACGAGGGCGUGGACAACGCUGCUCUCUACACCCAGCCAGAGGAUAUCUGGGACAUCUACCGCGAGUUCUCCGAGAUCACCCCCAACUUCUCGAUCGCUGCUGGCUUUGGUAACGUUCACGGUGUCUACAAGCCCGGAAACGUGUCUCUCAAGCCAGAGCUUCUGGCCAAGCACCAAGCCUACGUGCGCGAGCAACUCAAGACCGACAAGGAGCUUCCAGUCUUCCUUGUGUUCCACGGUGGUUCCGGCUCUGAGAAGCACGAGAUCACGACAGCCGUCAAGAAUGGUGUUGUCAAGAUGAACGUGGACACCGACACUCAAUUCGCUUACCUCGAGGGUAUCAGAGACUUUGUGUUGAACAAGAAGGACUACUUGAUGACCCAGGUUGGCAAUCCCGAGGGCAAGCAAGCCCAACAAAAAGCAAUACGACCCCCGCGUUUGGGUCCGCGAGGGAGAAAAGACAAUGUCGAAGCGCUGCACGAUCGCCUUCGAGGACUUGCUCUCUGCUGGAAAGCUCUAGGCACUACGCAAGCGUUCUUUCGCGGACCUCUCAUCCUGUCUGCUGAAACAUGAAAAUUACAAAGCUCUGUGUGCAAGCUAGAUAAUUACAGUAUCGCGCAAUCGAUUAAGAACAGGAUUUCCAUAGCGAAAGCGGGCUC